GCGAAAAUUUCAAGGAGACACAUAAAUCCUUUACAGCUACAAUUAUCAAGGUAAUAACACAUUUCCUAUUCUCACAUUCGACAUUGGGCAGGCCCAGAGUCAUAAUUCAUUUAUUUGAAAACAAGUAAGUUGCAUUCUCAUUCUACUCCUCACAAUGACAAUACAUGAGUGUCACCUCAACCCCUACGCCGCCCGGCGCAUACUCUGGGCCGGUGACCGCGCCCACAUUCCCCUCCAGCCUCUCUGCUGUACCUACUCGCAAGCUGCCGACCUCAUCGCCGAUAACAUAACAAAUGUUCUACACGGACCCACUGGCUAUCCCUCCCACGACCCCUUCUACAAGAUCAAAGAAAACUGGAGACGCUCUAACCUCUCUGAUCUCGCGGCUACCAUCAAAACCCCCUGGUUAAAAGGUAAGAAAGAACAAGAUCUUCUCAAUCUCUAUUUUUCCUAUUUCAACGCUAUGAUUUUUGGGGGCGCUCUCAAUACCAUGAGAUGCACGAUGAAACUUGAAGAGCCGAAUGAGGAACAGAAGGUAAAAAAUGUGUUAGGUACGACGGUUGACAAGAGAGGAGAAAAGACUACCACGAGACAUAAUGUUCGGUGUUACAUUAGUGUAUUUGUGCGGUCUCCGCCUCCCAAAAAUGAACAGGAGAGUAAGGUAUUGUUGGAGAAUUAUCUGGGGACCAUGUUGCAUGAAAUGGUUCAUGCGUUUUUUAGUAUCUAUGUGUGUAAAUGCAAUUUUAGCUGCAAGAGGAAGGUUCUGGAAUUCGAAGAAUCGGGCAUGACGGGGCAUGGAAUGCAAUGGCAACGAGCGGCGAUGAGUAUUGAGCGUUUUGUAAGGCAGGGGUUGAAAUUGGAUGUCCGGUUGGGGAGGGAGGAAGCAUUGGGAUUGGAGUUGGUGAUUGCGGAUAAGGAGAUUUGGUAUGUGGAUUUGGAAAAAAUGGAUAUGGAGAGGGAGGUUGUGGAUCGGGAGAUGGAUUGGUUCGCGCAUGUUUUUAUGAAGGAGUUGGAGGAGAGAAAAAAGAUUGAACAGGAGAAGGAAGACAGACUGCAGAAAUCAGAACUUGAAAGAGUGGAGAGAGAAGAGGAGGAAGAACAAGCAGAGAUAAACUGGGAGAUUGAAAGACCGGAACGAGAAGCGAAGGAAAGAACAUUGCUAAAGAAACACAGAUCACGCAUUCAUGAGAGUUUACGCAGAAUUAGCAGGAGAGCCAAUGGGAAGAUAUUUAAACGGAUCGCGAAACCGCUGCGCAAAUCGCCGGCGAAAUCCAUGGUACGACCAGAUGAUGAUGAUGAUGAUGCGACUGCAUCCUCAGAACCCCCUCUUCUCAACUUUUUACUCGCUCGAAGAACGCAUUUCACGAAUGAAAACGUAACAUUCAGCCCGGUUACCAAGAGACUCCUCGACGACCUGAAACUGAGACAGGCCUAUCCCUAUAUAAAGAGAACAGUCAAUCCUAAUAUUCCUAGAGUAAAUGGAAAAUAUAAAAUAGGGAUGGAGGUAAGGAAACGUACUUACGAAGAGCGAAAAACAAAGAGGACGGCGAGGAGUGGAACAGCUAAUGCAAAGAUUCUAGAUCUCGAGGAAUUUUGGAAUCUGGAUGGGUGUGCGGAGGAGGUUUAUAAGGUGAGGAGGUGUUAUUAGAAUUUUCUUUUCUUUUCUCUUAUAAUUUUCUUCGGGUAGGUUAUGUACAUGUAUGUAUGUAUGUAUGUAUGUAUGUAUGUAUAUAUAAAUUUUUCA